CAAAAUUUAAAAAAUGCAACGGUACGAAUCAUAAUUUAGUUGAUUAUUUAUUUUAUGCACUUUUUGUAUACUAGUCAAAUUUAACCAGUAUCACUGUGCUAAUUUUAAGCAGUUAAUUUGCGCUCUAUUUUUGCUAUUGUUUAAGAACUGGUAAAAUUUUCCCGCGUUAUUAUCGAAAGUAAACUUUCGCGCAUAUUACAAUGCUGUCGUCGUCUGAUAUAGAAAGGCUAAUUACGGUGAAAAGGUGUGAGAUAAUACGAGAAAAGUCGGCUCUCGGUUUGGCUCGUUCCACCGCAGUACAAAUAAAAGAUGCAGACGAUAACAACGUGCCAAACUUGAGAAGGGUUCAAUUCGACAAAUUGGCCAGCAAUGGCGAGACGGAAGAUAAGGAAGAAAGAGAAGACAAUACUCGUGAAGAAGACAGGCAUAACAGAGAAAUAGACGAAAGAAUUCCACCGGAUUUGGAAAGGUAUAUCAGGCGCUACAUCGGCCUGCCAGUGAUGUUGAAAGCAGGGGAGUACUCACCCAACAACCCACUCAUAAGGGCUGAGAGAAGUUCGGGCGAUGUGUUAUUGGGGCUGGGGGAAUAUGAACGCAGAAGGAAUACGCUGCGAAAACUCAGGCAACAACAGUAUCGGGAAUAUCUGGAUCAGCAAGCUAAAAAGAAGCAAGAGGAGAAGGAACGCGCAGAACGGGAGAGAAGAGAGCGAGAGGAGAAAGAGAGGGAACGAGAAGAGAGAGAUCGCGAGCGGGAAAGAGAGAGGGAACUGUUGGAGCGAGACAGGGAGAGUCCGAGGCGGCGCAUGAGCGUCGGCUGCGGCAAUAGUCCGUAUUACAUCAACAAAGUAGACACAGGAGUGCAAGUGGAUUCGAUUCGGUGUCCUCUAUCUGUCGCUGUGCAGACCGACGAUGCUGAUCUUUAUCAGAUGCCCACAUCGCCAACAAAAACUCAGUUGACGGAGGCGGAGCGCGAGCUGUCUCCGCGGAAUGUCGCUCCGGACGAGCGGAGACUCCAGCCGGCGUGGGGGGACAAGUGGAAACACGAUUCGGUGGAAAGGAGACGGAGUUAUGGAGACUUCGAUGAAGGACCUCCUUCGCCUCGCCGCAGUGGUUCCCGGUUCCCGUCAGACCUGAGGCACUCGCACACGCCGUCCAUAUUCGACGCGGACGCCAUUCACAUGAGGAACUUGCAAGCGGAAAAGGAGGCCGCAGAGCGUAGGCAGUUCUACCAACAAGAAUUGAAGAAUCAAAUUAUGGAGCAGCAGAGAAUUAAAGAAGAGAGAAAAACUAGAGAAAAAAUGCUAGAACAAGCUGAAAUGCGUCGCCUCGAAGAACAAUUGCGGAUGUUGAAAAUGGCGCAAGAACGCGAAGUCGGGAAACAGAGGGAAAUUAACGCCGCGAUAAACGCUGAGAACUUGGAGUACACGAGAAAGCGCAGCGAACUACAAAAGGAGAUCGAUUCAGAACAAACUUCCCUGUUCCGAGCCGCCACGCACCCCCCGCUACAGCCACUCAGAAUGACCACCUCUCACAGUGACUCCUUCAACCCCACGAAAUUACCAUUUUACUACCCCCGAGUUAAAGAUAAACCGUUUUCCAUGAAUGAUAAACCGUUUUCCACGAAUGAUAAACCGUUUUCCAUGAAUGAUAAACCGUUUUCCACGAAUAUUCCAGACGAUUCCAUAUUCUCGCCUAACUAUGAUGUCGAUAGUUAUCUUAGAAAAAACCUUAAUUUUAAGAACGUUAACCGUUUCGAUGCAAAGAAGGUUGCUGUUAAUGACAAAAAUAAAUUUGAUACUAAACAUUACGAUGGUACGCAUAAAAUAACCGAAUUACAUGAUAGGAAUAAGUUUAAUAGUAAUGUAGAUGACGUGUUUGGUGCUUUAGAAGAGAAAAGUAGGAAUAAAAAUUUAGAUUUAGACAAAAAAGUGAUAGUAGAAAAAGCGUUGGUACACGCGCCUCAAGUUAAACUACCGAAAUUAUGUUUAGAAGAUGACACGCCAAUUCCGGUUUUACGACAUUCGCCCGUAUCGUCAGGCGAUAAAGUCGAUAAUAAGUUGAGCGAUGCGAUGAAAAAGGUAGAAGACAAAUGGAAGGUGCCAGCUGUACAGAAGAAUAUAUUGAGGUCUUUGCCAAACGACGAAGGUAAGAAUGUAAGUAUUUUGACGCAAUUGGGUUCUAUAAGAAGGCAAUUGCAAUUGGAACAGUUGAAAUUGGACAGGAUGGGGAAUGGCGACGCUUGAUCUCUAAUUUGUAGUUUUAAGAUGCAAUAGACGCGUACAGUCAACCGCAAAUGGAACUAUGACGCGGUAAUAUAGACGAAUCUGUGUAAGUGGAUGUGAUGUUCACUGUACUAUACUAGCUUCAGGGAAAAGUGUCCGAAAUUAACAUAUUCG